AUGGACAGGUACGAUAACGUGAUCCGCAACGAGUCAUUUGGGCUGGAUAUGGAGGGUGCGGAGCAUGGGCGAGGAGUGGACCAACAUGGAUGGGGCUGGUUGGGCCAAGAUCGCCAUCAGGAGAGCGACGAGCUAAGCCUGGCUAACGAAGCAGGAUUGUGGGCAGCAACAGUUCACCACGGGCACGAGUUUGGGCCGACGAUGUAG